AUGUCAGUUGCGGCUGUGGUCGUGGACUCUGUGAUGAAGCCCGUCAAGAACUUCUUCAAAGUCGCAGGCUUGGCUCUAGACAAGGAGCUGGGCGGCAUGUGGUCCGAGGCGGUCGGUGAUCGCGAGCCCAUGAAGGCGCUCCAUGAAAUCGUCAAAACGGGCGCCACGAUUCACUUCGGACGGAUCUGCAUGAAGCAGUCCAAGUACCACAGCGGCGGCCGCUACAUGGACAUAGGCGCCCGCGGCGGCAUGGUCGCCUUGCCGCUGCCUCCACUGCAUCCGGACUACGCGGCUUUGCAAGUCUGCAACAGGCAUGGCUUCACCUGCAAUAGUCAGAUUGCGCAGCUCGAAGGGCUGCAGCGCGGCCAGCGAGCGGACGUCAUGGGCAAGGUUAGCUCCAUCAGCGUGAAGAUGUUGAAGGGUGGCAAGGCAAAAGCAGCAGUUUGGAUCAAAGAUGAGAGUGACCGUCGAGUUCUUUGUGAACUGUGGGGCCCGUCUUUCCUAGAGCGCGUCAAGGAUCUCACCGUUGGAGAGGUUGUUCGAGCAUUGAACUUCUCUGUGAACUCUGGAGAAGGCUCCGUGUCUUUGUCCGGAGAAUACAUGGGAGACAGCGACCGAGGCAGCGCCCUUUUCCAGACAGUGUCCGAUGGGCCGCAGCUGGCGCGCUUCGAGUCAGUGGCUGUGGACGGCGGCCUCGACCUGUCUGUGCCUUGGACAGGCAAGGGAACGCGCAUGAGUGCAGAAGGCCCCUGCUACGUGUCGUGCUUGGUGUCGGUGAAGAAUGCGUCCUUGGCCUUUGGCGAUGGCCCGGAGCUGAUUACCCAGCCGGACAACAUGCAGCAGCUCUUUGACUUGGGCGCGAGCCAGUCCAAGGAGGCCUUGCAGGAAGAGAUCCGUGUGUUUGUCCCUGGCGUUUGGCUGGUGGACAUCCGCGACUCGAAUCCCGUGUUCCAAGUUUGCGAGAAGUCGGGCCUGAAGAUUGACGCAGUGUCCGGCCACUGCCGACGUGCCCAAGAAGGCUGUAACUGCAGCAAGGGAGCCGAGAAGAUGGUGUUGACUGCGGUCACUUUGGCUGACUUCAGCGGCAGCUUGCGGGUUAACCCGCAAGCUGCCGUCCGCAAAGAUGAGUUGUGCAUUAUGACAAACUCUGUCGACUUGCAGACCUUGGAGCAGAGUGUGGUCGACAUGGGCGUGGCUAGCCUCACCUUUCAAGCUCGCUGCGAUGUCCUUUUGGGGGCGAACAAGUACAAUACCUUCGGAGACCUCCGCGUGGUGGACUUCGACGUGCUGCAAGCAACUCCCAAUCUGAUUGCCCCCGUUGGAACGGAAGCCCGGCCACUUGCGCCGUACAGGUACACGAUUGACGAGGCGCAGCAGGGGCAGAUUCUCGCGAUCCCGAGCAUUGCGUCGCUUGUGGAAACGCCUGCUGGUCCAAAAGUGCAAGCCACAGGCUGCAUGCCCUCCCACGUGUGCAUGCUGAUUCAGGCAGCCGACCGGGUGAAAGCCGAUCAGCUGGACAAUCAAACCAUCCUUGUGUCGCACGAAAAGGUGAAGUCUUUGUUGGACGAAGACGGAGCUGAGUUUCGCUUGGAAGCCCUUGCGACUUUGCCCGACAUGUUCGCUUUCAACGUCCAGAACCAAACCCGACUGGCAGUCGGCGCCGUGAAGUUCCGCAAGGACGGACCGGUCUUCAUGGCUAACCGAGUCUUUGCUUUGCCAGAUGCCAUGACGGACGAAGAAGCCAAGAACUGCAUCGCGCGUGAGAUUGAGAAUGUGGUCAAAGUGCCGGAGAGGAGUGGCGUGAGGCGUGGGGCCUGCUACUUGAUCACUGACACGCCGGCCAAGAAGCGAUACGUGCCCAAGACCUGA